UUUGCACUGGACAAUUAAUAAAGAUGAGAGUGCAGCUCGCAAUAUUCGUUGUUGUUCUCGCAAUUUACCUGGGUGUCGUCCUCCAAGGCGCUAAGACCAAUAUCCCCUUCUCUACCAAAGAUGCAACCAGGAGCACAUACUCAAGUUUCAUAGAUGCGCUACGAGCUCAUCUCACAAAUGGAGUUCCCAGGGUAUCUGGUAUACCGGUGCUGCCCUCGAGCUCCUCAGUGCCGGACUCUAGGCGCUUCGUUCUGGUCGAUCUCUCUAACAACGUCGGGAACACCAUCACCGUGGCGAUAGACGUGGUGAAUGUUUACGUGGUGGCUUUUCUUGUACGUGACCAAGUAUACUUUUUUCGGGACGCUCCAGAGGCUGCAUUCAGAACUUUAUUCAAGGAAACCAAUAUCAAUCAUCAUAAUCUCAGCUACAGCGGCAACUAUGUCGACCUCGAGAGACGUAGUCAAUCCAGGGAGCUAACCGAUCUAGGACUCUCUAACCUAGAUCAUGCCAUUUCCAGGCUGUGGUAUGAUCGUUCCGACGCUGCAGUUGCAUCAUCGUUCCUUGUGAUAAUUCAGAUGGUCUCGGAAGCGGUAAGGUUCAGGUUCAUUGAGACACGAAUUCGACAAAGCAUAACAAGUGGAACUUCUUUUCGACCAGACCCUGCAAUGUUGAGCCUGGAGAACGGGUGGUCGUCUCUCUCUACAGCUAUCCAAAGUUCACUCGAUGGAGUAGUAUUCAGUCGGUCAGUUACGCUUCGAAGUGUUUCAAACAAUCCUGUCAUAGUGGAAAGCACUUUGUCUCCCGUCAUUGCCGGUCUUGCCUUGCUGCUCUACAGAUGCCCUGGUGGUGGCCGUGGAAGCAAUGAUGCUAUUCCGGCCUUGCCUGGGAGUAUAACAAGAAUACCUUUUAGUAGUGUGGGUGACGCUGAUGAGUGUACUAUAUUAGGCAGCACGAGACGCAUCAGUGGUCGAGAUGGGUUGUGCGUGGACGUGAGGGAUGGGCGCGAUAACGAUGGGAAUCCCAUCCAACUAUGGCCAUGUGGACAGCAGUCCAACCAGCAAUGGACUUUCCAAACGGAUGGGACGAUUCGGUCCUUGGGCAAAUGCAUGACUACCUAUGGUUAUAGCCCUGGAGUCUAUAUCACGAUUUUUAACUGUGGAACGGCUGCGCAGAACGCCACAAAGUGGUCGUUAUCUUCUGAUGGUACCAUCACCAAUCCUCACUCUGGUCUUGUUCUGACGGCUAAUCAAGCUGCACAGGGCACAAUCCUGACUGUAGAGACCAAUGUUCAUGCCGCUAGUCAGGGUUGGAGAGUACUGGGAGAGGAGGUAAAUCCCACUGUGACUACCAUUAUAGGGUUUAAUGAUCUGUGCAUGCAAGCUAACAACGACAACAGUCGUGUAUGGCUGGAGUCUUGUGUGGACAGCAGGCAACAACAACAAUGGGCACUCUAUGGUGAUGGCACCAUUCGGGUAAAUAGCGACCACAACCUGUGCCUGACGUCCGAUGGCCAUUCUUCCUUGGACGUAAUCAUCAUCCUUAGAUGUCAAGGGUGGGGCAACCAGCGUUGGGUGUUCAAUAGUACCGACGGCACCAUUUUAAACCCCAAUGCUAAAUUGGUCAUGGAUGUCAAAGAAAGUAAUGUCUCUCUUCGUCAAAUCAUUCUGUAUCAGCCUACCGGGAACCCUAACCAGCGGUGGCUGCCCUACUUCUGAGUACUGUGACGUUGCAUGCCAUUCAUAAGAUCAGUACUAGCUAGUUCUCGUCGAUCAUGUACUGUCGAAAUAAAUGCCUUUAUGGUCUUUUUAAAGUGAGUCUUGUUUGUGCCAAGUGUAUGGCCAUGAUUAAGUCUAUGAGAUGAAUCCAUAUGUAAGCAAAAGUUUGUCCUAAAAUAGUAGUAAUGAAUAAAAAAAUAGGGACAGAGUGCUGCCUUUCUGGUUCGCACGACUGCCCUAGCUUGUUGAGGGUUGGUUUGUUCAAGCUUAA